AUGAAACCUCUCCAUCUGAUCAGCUUUCCCGAUGACGAUGCCGUCGACUACUCACCAGUGACAGCAGAAGGGCUAGAUGUAGACCUCUUGGGCAAAAGCCGCCACAGUUAUAUCUCGAAGUUGAGCGACUGCUCCUCUUCUUGGCCAGCCGGAUCUCUGGAUGCAUCGUGUCCUUUCCCUGUGUUAACUACCCAACGGCACGAUGAUAACAUGAGAAAUUUGCACCUCGCUCUGAGAUUGGCCAUCGAGGAUAUUAUCGAGCGAUGGUGGACGGAUGAUGAAGCCCGGUUUCCUCUCCGUGUGCCGUUGGAGCAGGAGGAGGAAGAGUUACUGCGCUGGAUGGACUCAAACCGACACCUGUUCGCACCGUGGAGCGAACGACAAGGAUCUUGGAGACCAGACUUUUUGGUAGAGAAAGAUGAAGCUGGCGGGGAGGUUUUUCGCAUCUGUGAGAUCAACGCGAGGUUCUGCUGGAAUGGGUACAUGCAUACUGUCUUUGGGCAAGAUUCGCUUUCGGCAUUCAAUCUUGGAUCGCGAGGUCUGACUAACGCCGUGGAAGCUGAAACGGUCUUCGGUGGAUUGUUGGAACUGUUCGACAACGAGAUUCCUUUGCACCUUAUCAAAGGCGAAGAGCACGGGAUUGAUAUCGGGAUGUUUAUCGAAUUUGCUCAGAAAAGACAUGGAUUAAAACUGCGACUCAUAACUCCGGACACUCUCCGACUCAUUCCAGAUCCCUCCAACUCCGGGGGAAACGGAUACAAGCUAUGCUGUCUCGCUGAAGCAGAUGCUGUUGAGACAAUCACAAUCGAGUCCGGCGAAAUAGUGGAAGAGAUUCACCAAAUUGGCCUUGAACUCCACCAGCGGGAGAUCAAUGCUCUCGAUCCGGAGAUGAAACGACAGAUCAGCCUGCGAUGCUUCAACGACAUGCGAACUAUCCUUCUUGCUCACGACAAGAGGAUGCUAGGACUUGUUCUUGAAGAACUCAACAAUUUAGUCUCCAGGAACAUCAUCACUCCUAAACAGGCCGAAGGCCUUAACCAAGGCUUGGCGCACACAAUUCUCCCGGGCUCGACGGGAUUCAACCAAUUUAUCGAGAAUUGCAAAGUCUCGGAUUCGUUCCAAAACGACUACCUCCUGAAACCGAUCAGGGGAGGAAAGGGGGCUGGUAUCUUGUUUGGCGAUGAACUGGGCCAUUCCGAUUGGCUAGCUCUGCUGGAACCGUUGCAGUGUCCGAGACUGAGACCCGGAAAGACCCUCUACGUUGUCCAGCGGAAAGUUCGCCAGCCAUACUAUGACGUGAUCUUGAGAUCGAAAGCCGCGUCAGAGCGCUGCCAUAUGGUUGGGACCUAUCACGCAGUUAAUGGUCGCUAUCUUGGACUGGGGAGCUGGCGAUGUAGUCCCGGGAGAUUAUGUGCCGUUUCUAAUGGGGCUGCCUGGAUAUGUUCGGUAAAGCAGCAAUCCUAG